GUUUACGAUUGGCAUGUGACCUUUGAGCUCGUGCUCGCUGGGUGCUUCCUCGACCUUCGAUCUUUCGCGCGUUUCCGUUCUUUGCCGCUGGACCGUUGUGCUGUCGGGUUGCCGCAACUACUCCUUGAAGCAGAAACUGAUCGCCGGGCACACCUGUAACUUCGCAUGCUAGCGGAACGCUGCUAGGCUGCCUUACUAUCUUUGCAAGGACCGUUAUCUUCUGCUGUGUUCAUAAUGGCAGAGAUGCUGCCUCAAAAUCCAGUGGAGGAGGAGGAGACGGAAGCCAAUCAGCUGCUGCUUCGUCACGCCUCCCAGAGCUCCCUGGACGAGAGUUCCCAGCGUCAAAGCCAGCGGGAGCCAGCGCCGGAUCGGCCGCCCUACCGGAACACCUCACACAGCGCGCGCGCCUUUCAGCAGAUGUUCUCCAUGAGACGGGAGCGGGCUCUGUGUGACGUCAUCCUGGAGGUGGACACCCGAGAGAUAUACGCGCACAAAGUGGUGCUGGCCUCUGCCAGUCCCUACUUCCGGGCCAUGUUCACAAGUUUCGAGGAGAGUCGCCAGAACCGCGUUAAGCUGCAGGAGAUGGAUCCCACCGCCCUGGAGGCACUGGUGGAUUACAUCUACUCCUCAGAGAUUCGCGUCACGGAAAACAACGUGCAGAUCCUGCUGCCUGCCUCGAACCUGCUGCAGCUGGGGGAUGUCCGUGACGCGUGCUGCGAGUUUCUGCAGAGCCACCUCCAUCCCACCAACUGUCUCGGUAUCCGUUCCUUUGCCGAUCUUCACGGCUGUGUCGACCUGAAAACAAACGCCGACGCCUACAUCGAACUCAACUUCAGUGAGGUGGUGGAGUGUGAGGAGUUUCUCACUCUGACCGCCGACCAGGUGAUACAACUCAUCUCGUGCGAUCGACUCUCCGUGGCCAACGAGGAAAAGGUGUACGAGUGUGUAUUGAGAUGGAUCAACUACGACCUUCCGGCCAGGGAACAGCACCUGGCCGACCUGAUGUCCCAGGUUCGUCUGCCGCUGCUGUCCCGGGACUUCCUCGUGCAGCAGGUGAAGAAGGAGCCUCUACUGCAGCCGAACGCCGCCUGUAAGGAUUUUCUGAUCGAGGCACUGCUGUACCACCUGUCCGUCUCUAACGACGGAGGACCGGCCGUGGAGAGUCUCCGGACCAAACCCCGCCAGCCCGUCGGACUGCCGAAGAUUCUGCUGGUGGUGGGUGGUCAGGCGCCCAAGGCCAUCCGCUCAGUGGAGGCGUACGACCUCAAACAGGAGAAGUGGCUCUCACUCUCCGAGAUGCCCAUCAAACGAUGCAGGUGCGGCGUGGCGGUGCUGGACGGCAAAGUAUACACGGUGGGCGGCUUUAACGGCUGUCUCCGUAUCCGAACUGUCGACCUGUACAAUCCCCAGACGGACACCUGGCAGGGGUGUGUCAACAUGGAGGUGCGACGAUCCACGCUCGGCGUGGCAGUGCUCAAUGACUGCAUCUACGCGGUGGGCGGUUUUGACGGUUGCACGGGUCUCAACACGGCCGAGGUGUUUGACCCUAGAGUAGGAGAGUGGAAAAUGAUUGAGCCCAUGUCUGUGAGAAGGAGCAGCGUCGGCGUCGGCGUGGUCAACGGCAUCCUGUACGCGGUGGGCGGCUAUGACGGCGCCAGUCGGCACUGCCUCUCGUCCGUGGAGGCCUACAACCCGGAGCUGGACAGGUGGACCAUGGUAGCGGAGAUGAACGACAGACGAUCCGGCACCGGUGUGGGUGUUCUGGACGGCCUGCUGUACGCGGUUGGCGGUCACGACGGCCCCACAGUUCGCAAAUCAGUGGAGGUGUACAACCCGCUGAUUAAUACCUGGUCACCGGUGGCCAACAUGUCAACCUGUCGACGGAACGCUGGCGUGGUGGCGCACCACGGCCUUCUGUACGUGGUCGGCGGGGAUGACGGUGCCAUGACUCUGAAGACGGUGGAGGUGUACAACCCCAAGACGGACACCUGGACCCUGCUGCCGACCACCAUGUCGACGGGAAGGAGCUACGCUGGCGUGGCCGUCAUCGACAGGGCGCCCGGACAGAUCUGAGAGCGCACGGGAAAGACGUUAGGGCGCCCGGAAAGACGUGAGGGCGCCCGGGAAAAACGUGAGGGCGUCUGGACAGAUAUGAGGGCGUCCAGGGGAGAGCUCUGAGGGCGCUGGGGAAGAGCUCUGAGGGCGCUCUGAGCUUGUGACGGCGUCUGGACAGAUAUGAGGUCACCCAAGGGUGUGAGGGCGCCCAGGGGAUGACGUGAGGGCGUCAGAACAGCUCUUAGGGCGACAUGAUAGCUCUGAGAGCGCCUGUAGGGCUCUUAGGGUGCCAAGGGCGUCCAGGACAAUUCUAAUGACGCCCAGGGCGUCUGAGAAAGAACUGAGGACACUCGAGAGAGAUGUGAAUGCGCCCAGGGGACCUAAGGAUGCGAGGAGACAGUCCUGUGGGUCGCUGCAUUUGGGAUGUGUUAGGGCUCUUAGAGAGACAUGAGGGCGACUUGUCCCUGGGGGGAGAUAUGAAGGCGCCCGGGGGAGAUGUUAGUGUGUGGGGAGAUAUGAUGGUGACAUUGGGGAGAUGCAUUAGGACAUUUUGGGAGAUGUGAGGGCGCCUAGGAGUUUCUAGGACUUUAGGGGUAGGCGGUUAAUUGAGAGAGCGCCGGGAACGCUUGACCAAUGACAGCGAUUUGGCUGACGCAGGUGCGAUUUGAAAGCGAUGAGGGCAUCUUUGACGAUAUUUUGUCUCCCGGUGAAAAAUGGGAGUUUGGGGUAGAUAUAUAAGGGCAUAUUGACAGCUGUGCAGGCACACUGGGAGAGGAUUUAGGACACUUUGGUAGAUGUAGGGUGAGAGACAAUUGGGCAAGUUGCCAGAAACGCGUUGAUGAAGCUUUGAGCAUCGGAGGUGUUUAGGAUGGUGCGGAUUUUUUAGGUAAAAGAAUGAGGCUAGGAGGGUCGUGGAGAAGAAGAUUUAGAGGCUCUACGCAGGCUGUUCUAUAUCUCUUCAUAUCGUCUUCUUUUGGCAGGCAGUGUUAGGAGUGAUUUUAAUGAUAUUUCCCUGGUAAUUGGGCUUAGCUAGGUAGCUUGAAAGCUGAAUGAGAGACAUCAGGAGAAUGCUCCUCCGUAUGUGACGUGAUAGAAGCUUGACUACACUUCCAAAGCCUUUCUGAUUCUGACUUCAUUGAAGACAUGAUGCGAAAUUAUGCAUCAAAUGCAACGACUUGCAGCGCCCUGUUUGGGAGAUGUGUGAUGCAGAGUACCCAUACUGAGACUCUGGGGGCCUGGAAUUAGGUCUCUUAGUUGCUGUGUGUCCCUGACCUGCUGCCCGGACUUAAAAGCUGCGGGAAGCUCGUAGCAGCUUCCCUGACUGAGAAAGCUUGUGUUGAUGGAAUCGAUUUAAUUAAGUACUUCAGAGAGGGAGAGAAGCAGAGGACGGUAGCAUCCAUUGUAUAGUUACAACUUACAUGUUCUGUUAGUGAUGGUCAUGUCGAUGUUUCGCGCAUAAGUAAUGGGUCUCUCGGACCGCAUAUGUGUGCUAUGGGUUUAAAAUGGGUGCUUCUUCGGUGCCGAAACCAAGUGGGGAUUAAAUGGUCGGAAUGCUCGUCAUUGUUAGGCAUGGGAGCUUCUUCCAUGGGGGAGGGGGAAGUUAUUACCGUGAAUACAUCGACAAGGUUGAUCCUAGCGUUCGUUCACUUUGAUGCCUGCAUUUUCGUUAGUAUCCAUGGGAAUUACGAAAGUUGUUAUUCUUGUAUUGUAAGUUCGCAAAAGCCAGGAUUGUCAGAUUAAAUGUGAUGUAAGUAAAUUUUGGUAAGAUGUACAAGCUAGAUGUUGCACCUCGUUGCGGUGUUGACUUUCUGCCGGCUUUUAUUUUCUAAAAUGCACCAAUGCGUGAAAAUUUACGGUCAGAGACGUGAAUUUUGGUGCUUCAAACGCAAACAUAUAGGCAUUUAGAAUGCUUCAUCAAUGGUCGCCGAAUUAUCGAGGCACUUAACGGCAUUUCAAUUUUCACGUAUGACUGUGUCAGCUACACACUGACGUCGUUUGCAUUUACUUGAAAGCGUUAUGUAUGCAAUAUACAUGUAAACAAUCAUUUCCCUUGUAGUUGUUCAGCUGCAUUCUGUCUAAUAGUUAAUCAAUGUUUGCAUAAAAUCCCGGCCAUGCAUAAGCCUUAACUGUUUCCGAGCAGAAUUGUGUUAGCUUUACUGUCAGAGGUGCUCGCUGUCUAAAAGGUCGUGCUGCCAAUACCAGAUAACACCGGUUAUUUCUUGCUUUCGCUGAUUCUUCGAGUCCAUAUUUUUGCUAGAAUGAUUGGUUGAUGCUCCUCUAAGCUGGGAUUUCCAGUAGGUAUGUUUCUGGGCAUUUCAUCGACAAUAUUGAGACUGUCUGGAAAUUGACCGUCAAUACCCAAAUCCUGUGUGUUUGAUCUGCGAAUGAUACAAAUUUUCCAGCAGUGUUUCUUUGGACAAAGACAAAAUAUCUAGCUACCUGCUCUCUGGGAGAUAACACGCAACAGAUUUGGAAAGCAGCAAAAACCUUUUACUCCAAUGUGCCGCUCUCUACGAAAUACGACGAAAGGACUUUUUCAGUCGUGUAAAAACUGUGUGAAUGGUGUGAAGCUUUCUAUAAAUGCUGGGGGCCGACUAGCGAGGGGAUUUUCACAAACUUCAAAGAUAAAUACCGAGAUCUCGUGCUCUGGAUUAGUUGGGCACCGGCUACUAUGUGGCGAUAAGUUGGAUAGAAUCAGUUUUCAAAUACCAUAAUUUGCCGAUAGACUGAACGCUCUCUUGUAGGUGUUCUCGAAUUGAUAGCUCCAAAAAGCGAUUAAUUGAGCACUUUGAUGACUUGUUUUGGCUUCCGACAUCGCCUGCUUAUCUGUGACGGAUGCUCUCUGGCUUACAUUUACUUGUGCAUUUCAAUAGGGUGCCACUAUUGUUUCCGUGUAUGACGUCACAUGCUCUGCCACGUGACGACAUUUGACGUCAUACUGUAGUAUGCUUUCAUAACAUUUGGUCAGUGCAUUGUGUUGUGGGCGACUUGAUCUGUUCACUGAUAUUCAUGUUUGGUUCGUGAGUGUAUGUUAGCAAUACGCGUCCGACCCAUGACUGCAUUUUCUUUGCUCGACGAUGUCAGUUAGCGUAAGGUUUGCGGAAAUUUGUAUUCUACGCCUCGAAGUACUUUUUCGGCGUGCUUUUUCAUCAAAGCUUCUGUCAACCACAAAAUGAAGCAUGUUUGUCGUAUAAGUAGAUACGGUCUUUGUGUUCCAUGCCUUUUAGUUUUUUCCUUCACGUGAUUUCUUAAUUUGCGAACUAAAGCUUCAUAGACACUAAUUGUGCCGUUGCUCUAGAGUAACCCCACACGCGCUAAUGAGCACUUAGUCCAACUAACUUGUCCGACUAGCUUUCCAAUAUGAAUGAACUGCCAUAAUU